CCCAAGCUGAGGGACCUAGAGCCAAUUCUUAUGAAUUGCUCCCACCCUCUGGAAUCCUUCAGCUAUGGGUCAGUGUGUCGCUUCCGCUGCACUCAGGGCUACUUCCUCAAUGGGACAAGCAGGGUGCAGUGCCAGCCUGAUGGGCACUGGUCAGACAAGAUGCCUGCCUGCCAAGAAGAGGCUGCUCCCUAUUUCAAGCAAGUCCUGCUUUACAUGGGUGGUGGAGCUGUGGCCCUUGUGGCCCUGUUGUUGACAGGAAUGUUCAUAGCUCUGCUAAUCAAGCGUCUCAGUGACAAAGAGGAAGAAAAAACACUGCUGAAUCCCACCAGUAACCUGGGAGCACCUGGUGUCUUUACAAAUGCAGCGUUUGACUCCAACUUUUAAGCUAAAGCAGAAGAUGCCCCCAGGAGAGAAGAUCACUGGAAGGAAAAGGUCCUGAAGAUGGUACUCAUGCCUCAAUCCUUUUAGAAGCUGUUUUUAUACCUUACUCCUCAGCUCAGCUCUGCCAUCAUCCAGCCCAAGAACUCACAGUCACUGACAGUCAGGGAUUAAACUAACUCUGGUGCACACAUCCAGUUCUGAUCUGAAAUCUGGGCUUGUUCUUCCUCUGACACUGGGCUUCGGUUCACAAUCCAGUUGUAUCAUGUAAAGGUCCCCAAGCAUGAGUGGUGGGUGAACUGCUGGCUCAGGGAGGCUAGCCCCCCAGUCCCACCCCUUCUACCCGAAGCCCUGCCCCUUCCAUGCCCGCCGGAGCCCAGAGACCCCCGACAGUGGCCGCUGGCCCCUGCCUCAGGCUAGCGCCCCCAGUCC